AUGUCGUCCGAUAACGAAGAUACAACGUCGAGUUCAGAGUCUGAAAGAGCAGACUCUGUAGAAGAGAACGCUACAUUGGAAUUUAUAGAGAAUCUCUCAGAUGUGCCGAUGGGGCGACUACCUUCAAACAUUGAAUUCCAGAGGACGCGCGUCGAUUGCAAGGCUGAUGCUCCCAUUCAUACUGAUACCUUUCAGUAUUCUGGUGCUUAUUCAUCAAUGAGAGUUGAAAAUAGUUUUUUGGAUAACUUCUGUGACAACUUUAGAGUUGAAGUUAUUCGUCUUACAGAGGAUGAAAUGGAGUUUGAUAUGAUCGGCAUUGAUCCAGCACUUGCCAAUGCAUUCCGGAGAAUCCUCAUAUCUGAGGUUCCCACAAUGGCUAUUGAAAAAGUUCUUAUUGCAAACAACACAUCAGUAAUCCAAGAUGAAGUACUUGCCCACAGGUUGGGUCUCAUUCCGAUCAAAGCCGACCCUAGAUUAUUUGAAUAUGCAGAAAAUAAUACGGCAAGUGAAAAGAACACCAUUGUUUUUAAGCUCCAUGUUCGCUGUGAACGAAGUGGGCAACGUCUUUCAGUAAAGUCAAAAGAAUUGAUAUGGUUGCCAAAUGGGAGUGAGUUUCCUUUGGAAUCACAAGAUUCAAAGACAGGUUCAUCCUCAAAACCAAAAACAUAUACAUCAUUUACUUGCAGCCAGGAUUCCUUGCCAGAAUUUUCCGGCAAUCCAAUCGCCCCCGCACUUGGAGAUAUUCUUAUUGCUAGACUGGGCCCUGGUCAGGAAAUUGAACUGGAAGCACAUGCUGUGAAGGGCAUUGGUAAAACACAUUCAAAAUGGUCCCCAGUUACCCCUGUUUGGUAUAAGAUGCUUCCUGAGAUUGUACUAUUGGAAGAUAUUGAAGAUCAGCUGGCUGAGAAACUUGUGGCAAUAUGCCCAGUUAAAGUAUUUGAUAUUGAAGAUAUUGGCAAAGGUAAAAAGAGGGCUACUGUAGCCAGACCACGAGCUUGCACAUUGUGCAGGGAAUGCAUCAGAGAAGGGAAGGGAUGGGAGAAUGCAAUAUCGUUACGGCGUAAGAAGGAUCAUUUCAUUUUUACUAUUGAAUCAAGUGGGGUAUUUCCUCCCGAAGUGUUAGUUACCGAAGCUGUGAAGAUAUUGGAAGAGAAGUGCGAUCGUAAGGAAAUGAAAGCAAGAGAGAACAGUAGAACACCUGAUUAA